GUUUGAGACGUCCAACUUCCCUUGGACUCUGAACUGUUAUUAUCGACAUAUCCCUGUUGAUUGCUCAGGAAAAGUCACAUGAUUGCACCCUCAUAUUGUUGAUUAUGUCCAUCAAUGUGUCUCCACAGGAUAUUCCAAGGGAGACAAAUAGGGACCUUCAAGCUCAGGAGGCGGGUAGAUUCCUUUAUGAAGCCAUCCAGUCCAGCCAGACAUCAUUGACGGCUUCAAAUGGUACGAUAAACAGUAUGCAGCGGCCAGACCUUCUCUCCCAGGAUGCGCUGGAGGGGCUGGAGGAUGGGAAGAUGUCUCCAGUCCGCAGAACCUUCUGUCUGUUUGUCACAUUUGACUUGAUCUUAACCAGCAUUUUGUGGAUCAUUUACACGCAGCUCAUUGGAGAAACCCCGGUUUGGAAAGCUUUCAAAGACCAAGUAGAAAAUUAUUCAUUUCAGCUGUCACUGUUUGAUACGGUGAUGGUGUCUGGGUUCCGCUUUGUUGUCCUACUGCUGGCGUAUGCUCUCUUCAGAUUACACCACUGGUGGCCUGUGGCUAUAACUACCUUCUCAACAUGUGCAUUCCUACUUGUAAAGUGCUUUUUAUUUCAGUUUCAAAAUAGGUCGGCGGGGUCAGGUAACUCCCUAAGCUAUGUGCUUCUCAUCAUUCCAUUUGUGAUCGCUUGGGUCGAAACCUGGUUUCUUGAUUUUAAGGUUUUACCUCAGGAGAAGAAAGCCAUUGAUGCGUUAAGAUUUGCUAAUGAGCGUACUCCUUUAAUUCAUGAUGGUCGCAAUUACUACAGCCAAUCACAGCCAGUUGAUCAAAACCAGUACUACUCUCCAGUCAACACGCCUGAUGUUUCUGAUGAUGAAAACGAAAAAGGAUUUCACUCGGCCAGAGCGUCACGUCACCACAGUCGAAAUGCCAGUCGUUCAUCAACAACAUCGAUUGUUGAACAGCAAUACCUGGCCCAAGCAGCGUCAUGUUGGGACGCCCUUUGGGACUUAGCUCAAAAAGACGACUGGAAGCUAGAGACCGGCAAAGACGAGGUGCGGGGCUGUGUCAAGAGCAGGCAUGAGAAAGGCAUAGGCAAAGUGUUUAUGUUGGAGGGCCUUGUGCAGAUAAGUCCUGACAAACUAUGGCAUGAGCUGGUUUAUGGGUUGGACGAGUCCCCAAACUGGAAUCCAACCUUGGUGGAGAGUCGGACGUUACAAGUGUUGGAUGAUUACACGUGUAUUACAUACAGUAUAUCAGCGGAGGCUGUGGGAGGAAUGGUGUCCAGUAGAGAUUUUGUGAAUGUUCGACAUUGGGGAAAGAGGGAUGGUAUCUACUUAUCUGCUGGCAUUUCCACGACUCACCCGGACAUGCCUCCACAGAAAAAUUUGGUCCGGGGUGAGAAUGGUGCUGGGGGUUGGGUGAUAAAGCCAGUACCCCGAAAACCCAACACCUCGCUGUUACUGUGGAUAAACAAAACAGACCUGAAGGGUUGGUUACCGCAGGCUGUGAUAGAUAAAGCAAUGAGUUCGUUUUUACUGGACUAUUUAAAGUAUGUUCGAAAACACGUGGAAAACUUGAAAGCUGGUGGUAAGGCUUAGCGUUUACCAGACCUGGACCUGUAUACCUAUGCACCUGUCAUCCGCCGAUGCCAUCCUAUAUAAAUUGGUAUAGAAUACCAUCAGAGCCAGAGAACCAAAGACAGUUUAUCUAUUUUUAAUGUUUGGUGAAUUUAUUUUUGUGGCAUCUGUUCUAAGUCAACGUGAACCCACACCACGCCUUGUACUUUCCACAUUUUCUCCCGUAAAGUGUUUGCUCAAGCGAUGAUGUUGUUCGAAUGCGAGUUCUUCGAUUUCCCGACAAUGCGAGCUCUCUGGAUUGUGUCAUAGGGAUAUUUUGACAUCGUGUGUAUGCUGGCCCUGAUCGCAUCCCUCUUGGGAUUCAGUUACUGAUGACAUUGUUGCUGACUUAGGCAAAUGAUGUGAGUGAAUCGUUGAUGUAUGGGUGGCAGUCAUCAGCGCUCAUCCUGGCGCCCACAUUGCUAAUGGUUCUCCUGAUGUAUCAUCGACGUGGGAAGUUCGUUUGUGAUGUACACAAAAACAAACAAACUGACCAUUGUGUACACCAUAUCCGUAUCUUUCUGUUCUGUUACCUAUAGAUUUUAGGAUGUUUAGUCCAAGAACCUGAGGUUGAAAUAUCGAUCCAGAAUGAUGAUCAGCGGAACCAUGUACCAUGGCCUGGUUACCUCCACGGAGUUCUUUUCCAUGACGUAUAUAUUCACACCUUGUUCUUUCAUCUUUAACUGUGCAGCUUGUUAGCAAAAACGCCAUGGCUCGUUAUGAAAGAACAUUUUUUAAAACUUAUUCCCAAUGAUUCUUUGAUUAUUUAUCCAUUUGAAAUCUGCUCAAAGGUCAACUUCUCAUUUAUUGAAGACUUAUUUUAACUGAUUGUUGUUAAUGCAGUUAAGGUGAUUUUCCAAUCGGUAAUCAGGUUUGUACUAAGAUAAUUUGACUAAAACUUACGUUAAUGGACCACUUUUGUUCUUGUAUGUGUACCUCCAACAUAUUAAUCAUAGAUUCUCAAAAUAUCACACUAGACUAUACAGUUCAUUAGCAUUACUUUAUCACGCCAGAUGCGAAGUGCACUGGCACAAUAGAACAAUAUAUUAUUUGUCACAAGAGUUACCAAGGUGCUGUGUGAAAACCUCUUUGUGUUAAAGUAUCUUGAUAUAGAAUUAAGCAUCAAAUGAACUUAGGCUGGGCGUAUCUGUGAUAACACAUGUAAGCGUAUUUACCGUGUUCGCCUUCAGAGGCGCUUCAAGGACAAACUGUAUUGUAGACAGCAUAUACCCUGCAUCCAUAAUGGUCUGUAGUACCAUAAUCAUGAGCUCAUUAUCAGAGUUUAGACAAUCCACUACACAGGUAUGUGUUUUCAUAUAGACAUAUAUAUGUGUGUAUAUAUACGCGGCGUUUUUAUUGGUAGGAAUCCUGAAGUUACGUUUCUUUGUUACCGUCUGUACUAUUUAUGUCUAGAUAUCUAGACUGUGUUUUUUGGAUACCCAGGUAUAUUGAUCGUUUUGAAUGUCGGAUCAUAUCUUUGAAUAUCAAAGUCUUUCAUUCUGUACCAUAAUUAUGUCAUAAGUAAAGAGCUGUCUUCACGACUGUUGACAUUGUAUCCAGUUAAACUGUAUUUACUGUAUUCUGUUUGUUUAUAUAUCGUGUUGAGCACGUGAUAUAUCUUUAGUUAAUGAAAAAGUUGUAGUUGGCAAUUUGUAUACAUGAAUAUACCCACUAUGCAGAUUCUUUGUACAGAUAUACGUGAAAGACUACAUUAUCUUAACAUUACGGCUUACCAGCCGGCUAAAUGUUAUUCAAAGGGAGAGAGCACCCCUACCGUGCUAUUGUAAGUGUUCUGUUUCACACAUAUACGAGAUCUUUGAUGUUCAGGUUUUUUUUGUAAGGCGCAGCCCUUUUUGUUGUCAAAUCUAGUUGUGGAAAACUUUUCAACGAAAAUAUAUUUCCGGUUUUUAGAACAAGGUUUUUAGAUUGAAUGUUGUCCAUUUAUUAAAAUAAUUAAUUUUACACAUCUUUUAAGUCUACAGUGUACAUGCACAUGUGCAUAAAUAAAGGAAUCAAAUGUAACAACAAAACUUUCCAAAAUUGAUCAGUGUAUAAACUACAAAAAACAUGGGUGUAUGUGCUAUUUUUUUAGAAAAUGGUUUAAUAAAUGUUAUUGACCGUAUACAUAUAAUAUAUGUGAAUAAGAUGUACUGCUAUGUACAUUAAUGAAAACUAAAUGCAUGUAAUACGAGCGAGAACACGUCUUCUGUUAAUGGUGAGAAAUUGUAGCAUUUAUGGAAAGGCUGUGCAAUCUGUUAAGCAUUUUCAUGUCAGAUUGGUCUUAAUAAUAAUCCGUAGAGGUUUAUAGGGGAAAAAUUUAUUUUAUUUUCUCCUGUAUGUAACAUUGAACCCUUAUAUUUAGUGUUACAUGUUUAUGCUUGAAAGAUAAUUGAAGAACGUUGGUGAAAUUUUUUUUUUUAAUUUUGUUUUAAAUAUAUUCAUCAUAUGUUACUUGAAAUUUUUUACUCUUUCAAAAGAAACAGAUGGUUUUGUCGAUGCCGAGCUGGCUGUGAUAAUUACUUCGCACAAACUGUCUUACCAUCCGGUUAUAUUUAAGUACUACGCAAGUGGCGACGUGUACAUACCCAUACCGUGGACAUUCUGCGUACGGGAGGGACACUGACAAAAUAAGCACUCAUCGCUGCAUUAGAGACAUGACAAUAUUAAGGGUUCUUUGCUUAGUGAGUGUGUUCAAAUCCAGUUCACGUCGUCUCUGGUACUGCUGGACCAUUUGUCAGAAGUGUGGUCAUCUACCACGCUGGUAGCUGUCGUUUUCUCGAUUUCUUGCGUUUAUAAAACAGGUAACCAUCGUAUAAACGAAAAUAUCGAAUCAUGUAAACCCCCGUGAACUGUUUCUGUUCUCAGACAUUAAAGCAUGGUUACCUUUGGAAAGUAGCUUAAAAUGCUCAUAUAUGCAAGUUUGUUGGAACGUUUUCUGGAUCAUUGGACUACAGCUUUGCACAUGCCACAUUUGACAUGGCCCUUAAUGUCCCAUGAUCGAAUCCAGCGACAUUGAGUAGGUACGCGAGUGCAGUGCAAGGCUUCUUCCAGGUUCUGUCGGUUUUCCGCCAUAAAUCUGACCACCGUGGUAUAUGUGAAAUAUUUAAAUCUAAUAUCGAAACACAAAUCGAAUAUAUAAAAACUAAAUUAUCUGAUAAAAUGAUAUAGCCCGAGGCAAACUACAACAUCAAAUGAGAUACCCGACAAAGAUCCUGGCAUAAAGGCGCCGCAUAAAUGAUGAGGGGUAGAAUUGUAAAAUCUUGCUGACUAAUUGGACAAAAGCUAGUUGAUUUCCGGUAGAAAAGGGUAUAGACCUAAAUUUGAUACAUUUCGUCCCAUAUUGUACAAAACGAACGUUCUGUUAAGAAGUAAGCGUCGGACUAUUGCCUAAAUUAUUGCACAAAGCUAAAAAUAGUAUACUUUUUUUAGGCGUUCGAAUAAAUAGCUUACACAAUCUUGAAAGGUGGCAGAUUUAAAGAUAUAUACAUAAACGUUUUACAGUCAAAACGUGUCGUGUAGCAUACUUUCAGAGAAGCAUUGAUUCUUUUCAUACCAUAUACUUUGCUUCAGCUUACGUAUACUUUAGGGAUUCCUCUCAAUCCAGAACGCAGAUCUCGUACAUUGUCGUAGACGCUGUAGUUUCUCUGUUAUCUGAUUAUUCACAAUUUUCCUAAGACACACAGUCGAAGUAUUGUCUGGCUGUCUGAGAGCGUCUCUGAAAGUGUUGAUAGUAAAAGAACAAACGCGGAGUUCCCGCGUAACUGGCGGUCACAUGAUCAUCUCCGAGAUCUUUCGUCUCAGUCGUCUUGCAUGUGUAGAAUUUCCGCGCUUCAAACAAUACAGCCUCUUGUGUAGGAUCACCUGGAACAAACUAGAUGCCGAAGUCAUACAGACAAAACAGCACAUAGCAUCUUGCCUGCUCACGGGAAACUGUCUGUUGGCCAGAAAUACACAGCUCGUGUAGAACCCAUACACAUGACACUUAACUCACGGGUUUACCUGUACAUUAACUUUGCUUGCAUCCAUUAGAGACGGAAGACCAAACAACCGGAUUGAUUGCUACUUUAACGUCAGUUACGUCAGUUAACUACCAACACAACCAUGAAUUGUAUACACGACCCGGUCUCGACGCAGGAAUGUGCAAGCCAACAGCAUAUAUCGCACAUACGAGACCUGAACGAACUGCUUGAGUUUCUGAGUAGAUAAUUGUAACAUAUCGAGCAGGUUAUUCAAGAAGUCUAAACUGAAAGUUAAACCAGAAUAAAAUCUUAAAACCAGUCUUAUUCUAAUAAUACUAUAAGUGUUAUUUUUGUUCAGAUCUACGAACGUUAAUGUCUGACAUAACUCUGCACUUUUGCAAAACUGCACACAAUGCGAAAUAGUCAAAUUUACAAUUUAGAACGAUAUAACGAUACGUGAAAUAGCAAAAUCCACACCAGACCUAUUACAUGAAUGAACUCAGAUUUCUUUAGCAGUUAGUGAAUGUCUAAUAAAAUAAAUGACAUAGACAAAAUUUUAUGGGGGUAAAACACCAGCCAAAUAAACAAAUAAAUCAAAAUUUUAUGCUUUAUGAACCUAGCGACGCAAUUUACAUUAAAAUCGAGCA